AAUAUGGUUUAAAGGCAUUGCAUGAAAUGGAAGAGAGGACUACUAAGCCAAGGAUGAAUUGCCGGCGAUGGAUCAGUAUAUAUCUGAUCUUAUUUUUAUGAUAUAAUAAUGUAUAGACAGCUUCUUCUUCUUUGUAGCCGGCAAUUCCAUUCUUGGCUAAGUGUGGCUUUCUUUCUCUCAUGUCAUGCUCAAGACUAUGAUGGUCGAUUGGGUAGUCGCCGGAGGAGGGAUACAUAUAUAUAGUUUCAAUUUGUUGGUUCUUUUUUCAUUGUGUUUCGAGAGCCUUCAAUAUAUAUAUAUGUUCAAGAACCGUAUGAAACACAUGAGGAUAUGUGCAUGGUUUACCAAGGUAUAAAAGGAGGAAUUUAGUUAACCCUAUAGGGGUGUUGGAGAUGAUUAAUUAACAACGUUGCACAGUUUAUCCUUCACUAAAAUAUUUAGGUGUAAUGGUCGAUGGAAUAAAGCUAGAGUAUAUGCAUGGUUAGAGAUCAUAUUUUUACCUCCCAUGUAAAGGUAGAGGGCUCAAUGACUCCAGUGGUGGGAAAUAAGGACAUAUGCACCGAAGGGUUAGGACCAUGUGGAACCAACUGCGAUGCAAGGUGCAAAGCUCAGCAUAGCCCUAACGAGAACCCUCAGGGUAGCUGUGAUCAAAUCGGUAGCAGCAUAUCGUUGUGUAAUUGCCUUUACAGUUGUGACAGGUCGACGCCGAUGCCGAAGCCACCACUAAACUGCAUCUCCGGACUAGGGUUGUGCACUGCACAAUGCAAGAGCGAUUGUUGUAAUGCUAAAUGUGGGCAGCAGUACAAAGGAGGAGAGGGGUUUUGUGACACAAACGUUGGAGUUUCUUUGUGCCAAUGCAGCCAUCCUUGCUAAUUAACACAAUAUUGUGUAAUCGUGAAAAUCAAAAUGUGUGCAUUGUAAAUGCACGGGGUAUGGGCAAUUGAUUUUUGUAACAGUAUUUUUAGAAUUGUCUGCAUGUUAUCGUUAUCUACUUUAAACGGCAUGUGUUUUGUUUUGUUGUUGUGCUUGUGCUUUUAGUGAAAGUUCUUUUUAUGAGAGUAUCUUAUCUUUGCCAUGUAAUGUUUAAUUUCAAUCUUAAUAAGUGUUAAUCAAGAAAA